AUGGCUCGUACUAAGCAAACAGCUCGCAAGUCCACAGGAGGCAAGGCCCCAAGGAAGCAGCUCGCCACCAAGGCAGCCAGGAAGUCUGCCCCGGCCACCGGAGGAGUGAAGAAGCCUCAUCGAUUCCGCCCUGGUACUGUUGCACUUCGUGAGAUCCGUAAGUACCAGAAGUCCACUGAGCUUCUGAUCCGUAAGCUACCCUUUCAGAGACUGGUUCGUGAGAUUGCUCAGGACUUCAAGACCGAUCUGAGGUUCCAGAGCUCCGCCGUGGCGGCGUUGCAGGAGGCAGCGGAGGCGUACCUUGUUGGUCUGUUUGAAGACACCAAUCUGUGUGCUAUUCAUGCUAAGAGGGUCACUAUCAUGCCCAAGGACAUUCAGCUUGCCAGGAGGAUUAGGGGCGAAAGGGCUUGA